AAUUGGUGACGUCACUUCCGCUUGUGUAGAGUUCCCUUAGCGAGCAACGACGGCUCCUCCAUAACUCCCCUCACGCUCCCCGCCUCGCCACUCGCCUCCUUCUCAUCGCACCACCCCCCACGUCUCAGCGCGGCAGCCCGCGGUAUCGUCGUCUCGUCCCGUCGUUAAGGAACAACCGCCACCAUGUCGAGCCGCAAAACCAAGGGGAAGACCACCACCAAGAAGCGGCCACAGCGUGCCACUUCCAAUGUGUUCGCCAUGUUCGACCAGUCCCAGAUCCAGGAGUUCAAGGAGGCGUUCAACAUGAUCGACCAAAAUCGGGACGGCUUCAUUGACAAGGAGGAUCUGCACGACAUGCUGGCAUCCAUGGGCAAGAACCCGACGGACGAUUACUUGGAGGCGAUGAUGACUGAGGCUCCAGGUCCCAUCAACUUCACCAUGUUCCUCACCAUGUUCGGGGAGAAGCUCAACGGCACUGACCCCGAGGAUGUCAUUCGCAACGCCUUCGCCUGCUUUGACGAGGAGGGCACAGGCAUCAUCAGCGAGGACUACCUGCGCGAGCUGCUCACCACAAUGGGCGAUCGCUUCACGGAGGAAGAGGUCGAUGAGCUGUACCGCGAGGCGCCCAUCGACAAGAAGGGCAACUUCAACUACGUGGAGUUCACGAGGAUCCUCAAGCAUGGAGCCAAGGACAAGGACGACCAGUAGCCCAGCAGCGCUCUGCGCCCAUCCAGAGUUAUUCCGCCACCCACGUCCCCUUUUUCUAUUCCACGAUUUCUCAGAGCGCAGUGUAUCAUCACGCCCCCUUCGAUAAGCAGUUGACACGCUUAUUGUAACCCCCAGGUCCACGGUGUGGGGGAGGUUGUUUUUCGGUUUGAUUAUUUGCAGUAUCAGUGCUUACCAGCAAAAGGCAUGGCAGCAGGGAUGACGAUAGACCAAACGAGGGCAGGAAGGGUUGUGUUUUGUAAAAGGCAGGAAGUGAGAGAUGCGAUGUGUUUAUCCAUUAGUAAAAUUGAGGAAGUUGGGGGUUAUGCCUCCGGUUCCAACGGUCCACUGUAAUGUGUGCAUCACAAAUUUAAAACAUUCCUUUCAUUUUAGACAUUUGUCCUUUUUUUUAUUUGCAUCACGAGUAUUUUUUUAUUUGCAAUGCUCUUGGGUUGUCACCAGCAGCUGUGCAUGCUUCGUGUAUGCUCCGAGCUGCUGGUGAUAGUGGUUUACUGAGAUUAUGUAUUCUGAACAAUACUGCUUGUCAUUCCAUACUUUAGUGUACUCAUGCUUCAAAUAAAAUGUACAACAUA